AAAUUCAACAAUGGCAACCGCAUCGUAACAGUACUAUGUUAAAAUAUUGCCAUCCCAUCCCCACCUACCAUUCGUAUUAGGCAUUCGCCGUCCUAUAAAUAUCCUAAACCCCCACUCCGUCACUAUCUCACCAUCUUUCUCACUCCGAUCUCCGGCAAACUUUUCUCCGGCGAUCUCAUCGUUCGUUCAGAAGCAGUAGCAAUGUCUUUCGCCAAAAUCAAAGUCGAAAACCCCAUCGUUGAGAUGGACGGAGAUGAAAUGACUCGUGUCUUUUGGCAAUCAAUCAAGGAUAAGCUCAUUUUCCCCUUCGUAGAUCUCGACAUUAAGUAUUACGACCUGGGUCUUCCUAACCGUGAUGCUACUGACGAUAAAGUUACCAUCGAAAGUGCCGAAGCUACUCUUAAGUACAAUGUUGCGAUUAAGUGCGCCACCAUUACCCCUGAUGAGGCUCGUAUGAAGGAGUUCACUUUGAAAAGCAUGUGGAAGAGUCCAAACGGGACGAUCAGAAAUAUAUUGAACGGCACAGUUUUUAGAGAACCAAUUCUUUGCAAAAAUAUUCCCAAACUAGUUCCAGGAUGGACAAAGCCUAUUUGCAUCGGAAGACAUGCAUUUGGUGAUCAAUACAAAGCUACUGAUGCAGUGAUUAAGGGACCCGGAAAGCUUAAGCUUGUUUUUGUUCCCGAAGGAGAAGGUGAAAACAUAGACUUGGAAGUUUACAACUUCACUGGUGCCGGAGGGGUAGCUUUGUCAAUGUACAACACUGAAGAGUCCAUUGCCGCUUUUGCUGAGGCCUCGAUGAACACAGCUUAUCAGAAGAAGUGGCCACUUUAUCUUAGCACGAAGAACACUAUUCUGAAGAAAUAUGACGGAAGAUUCAAGGACAUAUUUCAAGAUGUUUAUGAAAGCAACUGGAAGUCGAAGUUCGAGGCUGCUGGAAUAUGGUAUGAACACCGUCUCAUCGAUGAUAUGGUUGCUUAUGCUCUUAAGAGUGAUGGAGGUUAUGUAUGGGCAUGCAAAAACUACGAUGGUGAUGUUCAAAGUGAUAUGUUGGCUCAAGGGUUCGGAUCACUUGGAUUGAUGACAUCAGUCUUGGUUUGCCCUGAUGGGAAGACCAUUGAAUCCGAAGCAGCUCACGGCACUGUAACUCGUCAUUACAGAGUGCAUCAAAAGGGAGGUGAAACUAGCACUAAUAGUAUAGCCUCAAUCUUUGCUUGGACCCGAGGACUGGCCCACAGGGCAAAGUUGGACAACAACGCUAAGCUUUUGGAUUUCACUGAGAAGCUGGAAGCCGCAUGUAUCGGAACUGUUGAAUCCGGAAAGAUGACAAAGGAUCUUGCACUCAUUAUUCAUGGAUCCAAGCUCAGUAGGGAGCACUAUUUGAACACCGAAGAAUUUAUCGAUGCUGUAGCCGAUGAGCUGAAAGCAAGACUUGUGGGCAAAUCAUCACUGUAAGUGCAUGAUGAGCAGUUGAGAGUAAUGACUGGACCAAGAAGAUUUAUGUUCAUUGUUCCAUGUGUUUGGUUGAAUUCAGCACACCAUUAUUGAUAUAUUGGUGGUUAUUUUAAGAAUUUAUAUUAUGCUUUUUUGUUUAAUCUGGGAACCUGAUUUGAUCAGUUUCAGUUUGAAUGGAAUGGAAUGGAAGUUUUUAUAUUUGCAUGAUUAA